AUGCAGGAUUUAGUCGAAUUGCACGGAAGCGCCAACUCCGCCGUCGGAGAGUUCUUUGCCGGCACUCCUUAUGAAGCUGCGCUGCUGCCCUUCGCCCACUACUGCGACUGCUUUAGGAAGACAAUGCUAGACUUGGUCCCCAACAUCGAAAACGCUUUGUUUGGAGGGGCGGAAAUGCUCAGGAGGAUCCGGCGUGCAGAGAUGCUUUUAAACAAGAGAAACGUAGCCGCAAGAGAGGUCGUCCACUACACACAAAAACUGACUGCACUGAAGCAGCAGACGGUGCAGACGCAGAAGGCGAAAGUUCGUAUCCUUAGAAACGAGCAUAAGCUCUCAAAGGCGCUGAACGACUUCUACGAGAAAGAGCAAAUAGUGAAGUAG